GGAGACGAUGGAUGGAGAUAGGUGAUGCGGAAGCAAAUCAUCCUCCUUCGGAUGUUUCUCAGUCCCGGUUCCUUAUUCCACCCAUUAGUUACUUUCAGUGUCACUAAUUAGUUGACAGAGUUCAUUACGAAUCGAGUCAAAUUUCGUACGAACGGUGCGAAAUGCCGAAGCGGAAGCUGGAAGACGACCAAAACGAACCCGAUGAGCUGUCAGUGCCUCUCCCAAUACAGACGUUUCUUUGGCGACAGACUAGUCCAUUCAUACGUCCCAAGAUUGGAAAAUCCCACGAUGCCUCUGCGAUGGAACAAAGAGAGGCUUGCAAGUCUUUUGAAAAAGUAUUGGUACAAAAUAUUCAAUUUGGCCUAUCACCCAGCCUGACAGUUGCCAUCAAGAGCAUUCGACGAUGGCACUUGGUGCAGGCAGCGCUGCCCCAUGUCAUGCACUGCUGUGCAGCCCUGCUUUACGCUCGCAAGGAAAGUUGCCUGGAGAAAUUAGGAGCAGCGGAAACCAAGCUUCUGUAUACUCUUCACUGGAGCCUUCUGGAUGCUACAGAGGAAUGUACAGAAUCAGAUGGAAAGGGAAAUACACCUUCUUUCAAUUCCCCAGGGGUCAAGGGCAUCUUUCCCAUCACUGUUAUACAAGUAUUCGUCUACCUGUUUGCACCGCUGAUCCCUUUCCUGAAACAAUCAGACUUCAUGGGCAGUUUUCGCUUGGAAAAUGGGAUCAGGAUCUGGGAACCCCUCUGGGAGUACCGUCACCCAGCAGUGCCCUGCUUCACAGCACCAGUGCAGCCCCACAAGGCCCUUUUGCGAACUCGUGGCGACGUGGACCAUCGUCGCCAUCAGUACGGAGACGUCUUCCUAGGGGGCGCACCUGCUAAGAUCAGGAGAGGAGAGGUAUCAAAAACAAGCGCUGAUGAAAACGACCUACUCGAUCGCACAUCUCCUGACCCCACCAUUGCCAGCCGCACCUCUUCAGCCUCUGCGCUCAUCAAGGACGGAGCAGAUUCAGAUAUCAACACAUCAUUUACGAGGGAGGUUGAUGCCAAGCUGGCCUCAUCAGAAGGCUGCUAUUCAAGCCCUUCAAAAUCUCAGGGAGAAUCAACAACAAAGUCGUGUGGGGAGAGAAGUGCAGAUCAAGAAAACCUGGGUGGCAUCAAGCAGGGGACACACGUGGAGGCCACCCUGGCGACUUAUCUGGAUGUCUCAGUACUUCGUUGCCUCUUCAUUUCCCAAUGGCUAGAAGAAGGAGUUCAUUGGGCCCUGCAGUUCCUCCUACACAGGCUGCGGGGCAUUGCGGAGGAGCAGUCUCGCGAAGUCCGUCCCCGCAAGCGAAGCAGCUCUCUACCCGUCCCUAGGGCAGAACCCCUCCCACAACAGUCUCCCAAAAGACGUUUGGCGGCUGCAGUCUCCCUGGGUCCGGGCCCACCGUCCACUCCUCGAUUUUCACCGAGUCAGCCGCCUAGUCAUCAUGCCAGCAUGCAGGAACUGCGCCAGUCUUUCCCCCACUCUCUGCGGCACCGUAAGCCUCACCGUGGAGGUGACCUGCGUGCCUUUGUGGAAGAAAAGCUGCGCCUCUCUGAGCGGAUUCUGGACAGACUCGGCCGUGACGAGGACCUGGAGCCAAUGCUGCCGCCGCCUGUAGCCGAGCCGAUCCGAAGGGAGCCGUCCCCAGCCCCUCCUGAACUGCCACCCCAGCGCCCCAACUCAGCACUAGGGUUGUUGAAGCACAGUGGGCAAGAGGACAGCUUCAAGUCGGAGAUGGUGCGGGGAAAGAGCCUGCCGAGCAUCCACAUCGUGGAGCCACAGAAGGAGGAGACCGCAGCACUAACGAAGGGCUCGGAAGUGGGGCAUAAGUUGCCAGCUGUUCACACGCACAGUGUGCCCAACCCCAUCAUAACGGUGACUGAACAUUCGCCCGUGGCUUCUAUCCAGUUUUUCAUCAAUCAGGACUCAGCCGAGAGCCCCAAGGAUGAGAGUCCUCCAACUCCCAUGUUUACACCUCCUUGCCACCAGUUGUCCAUAACCAGAAGCCAGACUGACUCAAACAUACUGUAUAGCAGCGAUGACCUCAACGAAGCCUCAGGAUCCACUCACUACAUCACUCCUGAUGGCAGAAUCAAUCUAAUGGUGGUUCUCAAGGCUGUCCAUGCUGUUACUCUGCGAGAUACUAGCUGUUCUCUUCGAGUUUGUGAGGAAAUCCUCCACAUUGUUGAGCUGCUGCUGUCGUUGGACAUACUUCCAAAGCCAAUGAACAGGUACGAAGACAGUGAUCUCUGGGGUGCUGAUGAACAAAAGGUCUCUGGCACAAAGAGCGACUUCGACAAACGCAACGACGAAUUGACGACGCACAAUCUUUUCGUUGACACCGUAAUCAGAGUAAUCAAGCACCUUGGCUGUCCUCAUGGAUGCGGAGAAGGGCAUAGAUCUAGCAGUGCUGACACUGUGCGUGGGCGUGCACAGAUUUGCCUAGCGCAGCUCAAUCAAGCAGAUGAAUCUCAGUUUCGCCACUUUCUCAGAGAACUGGUCAGAUCACGAGCCUUGCCUGAAGUAGUCGACAUCUUCCAUGCCUUCGUUGGGUUCUGUGCUGAGACUGGUUCCCUUCUAUCGCCGCUGACUCAAAAGAGGACUAGUACAACGAGUAGUCAAGACGGUGGAGCUCGUAGUGGCUAUGCCAACAACUUCGGGGCAGGUCACGGGUCGCUUUCGGGCAAAGGCAUUGAAGGAGUAGUAGUUGCUUGUACAUUCAAGGCACUGGUCACACGACUUGCCAAGUGUGGACGGGAAUUGAAGAGUCAAGAAAACAUGUCGCUGUACUGCGACUUGCGUCAGCUGAUGAGCUACAUUCAUGACAACCACGGAGGAAUUUUUCGUAGGGUUGCAUUGAGUGGCAUGUUGGAUAGUGCAGACCGUCCAAAUAAGAAGAAGAAUUACGUUCCAGGCACUCGAAUCGUCAGGCACGCAAAAUCUUUGGAGCAUGAUGACCUGCGUGACCCCGUUUUCUCGUCCAGUGUUUUUGUUGUUGAUGAGACAGCUGUGGAGAAAAGCAGUAGAAAGUCAUUCUUUCGCAAACGAGGUGUGAGAAAGGUGCCCAGUGCACAGAGCAUACUGGACGAGAAAGAAGACCCAUCUGCUUGUCCAAGCCCUGCUCCUGGACAGACAACACCUUCUUUCUCGAGACAGCAUCGUGCACUCACUCCAAGACUAAGUGUCUCAGAAGGGGACAACAUAUCUCUCACCCCUAAACACAACAACAAAGGAUCCAAGUUCACACUGGUGAGUUGGCUGAAAGGGGAUCGAAGCGGAAAAGGAGAUCCCGGCGAAGAAGACAGUGGGAGCUCCCAGGGUCCUGCAGACAGUUCUCCAGGAACUGAACGAGUGCAGCGACGCUCAAGCGGAGUCGGUCGUGGGGGUGGACAGCAACAGCGCCCUCCACAGAAGUCAUCCAGCCACAUGAGCCUCACCCUGCUGCGCGCGCGACGACGCAUGGAAGACCAGCUCAACAAGUUUGGCUUCGGCCGUAGCAAGAGCAAGCAUGGCAGCUUUGAGGAACCGCCAGGAAAGGAUCUGAGUCGCAGAAACUCCUUUGAUUUGGACCAUAAUCAACGCGAAGGAGAAAUGCUCAUAGUGAAGGAAAGUAAGCUCGUUAACAUCAAGUUGGUACAGGAUGGCAUGCUGCGCUUGGCCUUCCUUCAAGAGGUAUGCCAGCCAGGAGCCAUUCCUGAUCCUCCACUGUUGGCUGCAGCACUAGACCUGAAAGCACCAGUGGUGUCUCGAGCAGCGCUGUACCUGGAGUGUGCUCAAUUUGUGCAUCGCUGCAACAGAGGCCACUGGCCAACAUGGAUGAAGCUAAACCUGCCAGUGUUCCGCCCAUCUGGUCCUCUUGCCAAUCGAGGAACCCCAUCUGGAAUGCACAGAACCCAUAUUUUGCAACGGGCAGCGGGAAGAAUGUUUUUCCAGUGGGCAGAGGCCAUCGGGGCUAGGCUGGAAGAAAUGCUUCAUACGGACGUUCAGGAUCAGAUUGAACUUUCCGCACUCGCUGCCGAUGAACAGAAACGACGGCAGUGUAGGACGGAAGAUGAAGAGGAAGAUUUUUUGGAUGAAGCAAGCAUCAAUCCAGCAGGGAACAGCUGUCCAUUUGCGCUGAAGAUGGCAGCCUGUCAACUGCUGCUGGAAGUGACGGCAUUCCUCCGCGAGACCUACCAGUUCCUGCCGCAGAAGGCGACCAGAACGUCCGCACGGGAACGUCCAACGUUUGAGCCACGCAGUGUAAAUGCUAACCGACGCUGGAGCAUGGCCCUGAGCACUCUCGGAGUUAGCCAGACCUCGGCUCACAGCCUAGUGUCGCUGGCAGAGCAAACUCAUCCUGUUGUGGUCGGGGAAAGAAGAAUUAGCUUUGUGCUUCACGAAGCUGAUGCUGAAGGAGAGUCUGAGAACAGCAGCAACAACACGGUGAAUGUUCAAGAGGAGUUGGCUCUGCCAGAUGAAAAGCGAGGCCGACGGAUUGCACAGGGAAGGCCCCACCUCCUCCGGAGGGCUGGGGGGUCAUCUGCAGGGCACAACUCCAGCUUCAAGCGCUGCAGUCUUAAGUUGAAGAAGCCCGGCGACAGAAAGUCCCGGGCACGUUCCUCAACGUUUGCUGAGGAUGAGGAAGAAGGAGGGUUACGCCGCACCGAAAGCAUCAAGUCGCGCCGCAAGGUGAGCGCCGUGUCGGACCGCAGUGACACCAGUGAACGGGCAGACGUCAGUGGAGAAGAAUCUCCUGGUGUUCUAAGUGAUGAGCAGGCACCGGAAAGCCCAGUUGAUUUAUUGGAGUGUGACGAUGCCAUCAUCACUAAGAAGAUGCCCUGGCUCAAGGUCACUGUGCAACUGUGCAGUUCACUGAACUUCACGUGCGCACACCAGCAGUUCUGUCAUCCCAAUUGUUACCGUCGACAGAUGAGGGCUUGUAACAGGCUAGUAAAAAGUGUUCGAAAGGUGUAUGGGGAUGACUUUGGCCUUGUUCAAGACAUGGGUAAACAACAAGAAGAUAAGGAAGGAGGGAAGAAAGACAAAAAAUUCAAGAAGAUCAUUACAGGGCCAAGCUCUCCAUUGAAGCGGAAAGCCAGCAUUGCACACAACCUGGAAAAGUUGGAGAAAGCCCUAGACGCUCCCUAUGGGGGAAUAGGAAGUGGAGCACGUUCCCUGCAUAGCAGCGCCACCUGCCUGGCUCACGACAUGGAGGGUGGGCUAGUUGCAGGCGAAGCAAAGCUGACCAUUCCUCCUACUGAGUCAAAGAAGAAGUCUCAUACGCCCAAGGAGGAGAACCCUAUGCUGAAAUACCUCAAGACUCAGGUGAUGAGCCUUUUCCAUAGUCCACUGUCAACCUUGAUCAAGGGCGCCGUUGUUGCCUCUGAAGACACAUUCGUUGAAGCCAUGCCUUUGGCGUGGGAGCUUCUGCUGGAAAGUGAUCAGCAGUUGACUGCUGCUGCCGCUGUUGUCUUCAUUCUGGCGGCUGUCAGAGUGCCCGAACACGCUUCCGAGCUGGUCACACGAGAGCUCAGGAGCGAGGACACAAUGCAGAGAAUCAACGCACUGCUGAGAUUCCAGGUACUUUGGAAAUUUCGCUACCAGUGCUGGCUAAGAAUGGAAGAAGCAGCUCAUUUAGUCUUCAAGGUGCCACCUCCAAUGAUUGAGUUUACCCUUCCGAGCCCACGUAUUGCACUGGACUGCGCCCCUGUAGCUGAUCCUCCGUGGAUGCCUCAGGUGAAGGCGAAGGUCGAAGAGGUCACCAUCAAUCAGGACCAGUCGCUGCAGAGGUCGUUUGUGACGGCGACACAAACUCGACGCAAGCAGCAGAUGGAGUUGAUACAUCGAGCCCUCCAAGCUGAAGAAGAGAAAAAGUGCAACGAAAGGGAAAACUUCCAUAUCACCUCAGUUGCUGUAAAUGUACUUGCAGCAUACGAACCAGCAUUGUUUCAUGCUGUUGAUGAACAUGAAGAAGGUGAUGAAGAUCAGCAAGCAGAACGAACAUCCUCACACCCAAUCCAGGUGGCACAUGCCUUGUUUCCAUCUUGCCUUUGCUCUGCAGCUGUGUCAAUCAUAAAUCUUCUCAAUGACGCUGAAGUCGGCGCAGAGGGCAUAGCAGUGUACGAGGUAGCCUAUCGCGUGGUGUGGCUGUGCCUCGUGGAAGACACAGCCCUGUUCCUGCGCUAUUUCCUAGAACGUUUGACUAGAGAAAAGCAGGAAACAGUAAUACAGAUACUGAGGCGGCUGCUGCGCUUUGUUCCGAGACUACCAGCUCAAGCUGCACAUACGCUCUACAAUUAUCUGAUUGGAUAUAUCAUGUUCUACAUCAGAGCACCAGUUGAAGGAGGUACUGAGCUUAUUGCAAAUGCCCUCUCCAUCCUGUGGUUGGUUGUGCCAAGUGUGUAUGGGUUGUAUCUCAAAGAUCUCAAACAAAUAUUGAGGAAAGAGCAGUGUGAUGCUACUCUGCUGAUCACUGCGAAUGUUCCAAGUGCCAAGAAGAUCAUCGUCCAUGGUACAGAUGCCAGUGGAAUACCGUCCCAGUUUCCGAUCCAUGAGGACACACAGUUCUCACACAUCCUGCAGGACAGUCUAGACUUUUUUGGCAUCGAGGAGAGUCAACAAAACUGUUACUUCCUGGUUGACACAAAAACGAAUCAGAUGCAUAACCCAAGUGCCUUUGUACGUGACUUUUACUUCUUCAAACGGUCACAGUACCCUCAGUUGACCCUGUUAAAGAUGGAUCCUGACGAGGCCUUUGAAGCCUUGCAGCAGCAGGCAUUCUCAUUGCAUUUAAUUGAAGUGGGCAAAGUGCUGAUGAGCCUAUCUAUUUUAAGAACAAGCCAUCAGCUUGCACCGCGAGUGUUGUUCCUACACGAUGAGCUUACCAAACUGCCUGCAUUUCCUCGAAAAGCACUAGAAGCCGACUUCGAGCUCUACAGUGGGAAAUUUGGAAGGGAAGUUUUAGGAAUGGAUACUCUGCACAAAAUGGUUUGGGUUAAGCUUAUGGCCCGGAUGUUCGAAGCAAUGGCAGGGUUUUUUGCACAUUCCUCCGACAUUCACCUUUUCCUCAAUGUGGUGAAUGGGGCCUUAGUGCUGCACCCUGAGGACGCAACGAUACUUCGGCUCUGUAUGGCGACCUACAUAAAUGCGGCACAUCAGUUCAAGAACAUUUUUGCUUCAAAUGGAUACCUCCUGAUCAUGCCUACCAUACUUCAGAUCUACUCCAAUCACCAAACAAAUGGGCUGCUGUGUAGGACUGUUGAGUUCAUCUGCAAACAGUUUUACAUCAUGCACCGUAAACCUUUCAUCCUUCAGAUGUUCGGAAGCGUAGCACCGUUACUUGACCUUGACACGGGCAACAACUACGGUGACGCCAACAAGAUGCAGCCAAAGGCAUUUUUCCAGUUGCUACAAUCUCUGGCCCAAUACAUUGUGGAUCCGCUGGACAUCCUCGAACUGGUGGAUGCAGAAAAGCCACUGAGGGCCCUUGAUUUCUGUUAUCAGAUGGAUCCCGAUACGUUAACAAUCUUAGAUGCUAUCUCGCUCUGCGUUACUGUUGUAUCGUAUGCAUCAGAUUCCCACAGGGGGCAUCAGAUGUUGACAAUUUUGGAAGCCAUACUGCCCUUCUACCUGAAUCACCUGCAAGCCUUGACAACAAAGAAAGAGACCCCAGGAGGCCCACGCACUGAACUCCAGAUGAUCCACAACGUGUCAGUUAGCAUGAAAACUCUCAUUAGUAACUGUGAGGCUCUUACCAGAAACUACACUGGUCCUCAAAAGGCUAUUGACCUGAGAGGUUCAAGUAUAAAGAAUGCCACACGUGGAGCAUGCUCACCUCCUUAUGAGAUUGAGGAGGAUUUGCCUUCUAGAUUUGUGAACGAAACCCUCUACGGGUCCCGCAAGCAAGCUGGCACCCACUAUGAACAGGACGACGAAGAUAGUGACCUGCUGCGCUUGGAGUUCCGUAAACCACGUGACACACUGUUGGGCGUCGUAGCGGAGUUCCUGACAAAAUGCUCGGCACGUUUGGCAGACCUUAGCAAGAAAAUUCCAGACCUUCCGAGUAAAGCUACCGAGCUUCUGGAUGUCAAGUGCCACCUGCGUCUUGCAGAAGUGGCCCACAGCUUACUCAAAAUGGCACCCUAUGACCCAGUUACUAUGGCAUGUCGUGGCCUGCGUCGCUACCUCAACGAGGUGCUUCCGCAGUCAGAGUGGGCGCAAGAAGCCAUGCGCCCCGCCCUCAUCAUGGUCAUCCGGCGCCUUGAUAAAACCUUCACAAAGGUUGCAAAGAAGCCUGCAAUAAGAAGACUCGUUGAUUGGGAAGCAGCCCGUAAUCUUCUCAGAGGCGUCUACAUGACACUGUACAGGCACCCUUACAUUGCCCACCUUCCACAUCUCAAGUCAUUAGUUGCCAUCUGCCAGAGCAUCAUUGUCGGGGACCAGAACAUUUCCCUGAUCGGAGAAAGCAACAUGAAUGUUUCUGCCUCAGCCGCUGCACUUGCCCAGUCUCCUCCGCCAGGGUUCUGCUCUGUAGCAGUGCGUCUGAUUACCAUGCAGAUGAUUGCUCUUGGGGAGUCCCAAUCUCUCGAGAGUGUCUGUGGUAGUUCAUCCAUCUUGUCGAGCCCCGAUAAGACUGAGAUUUACUUGAUGAACUUUAUAUUGCCACUUUGCAUAAGAGUCAGCAGUGGAGUGAAAGAUGUCCCCAAGAUGCGGCCAUCGGACAUUUCUUUUGCCCUGACGGUGGUCCUCAACGCUUUGUCACCUGUCAGCCAUAAGCAUCACCCAUCAUCUUCUGCUGUUGGCAAGCUUCCGGCUGAAGCUCAACAGAACACAUCCUCCAAUCAAGACAAGUCUCCUAAUAGAGUCCGGAGUUCCCUGUACCAAAUAGGAUUUUUAGGUUUGAAGAUAUUGAUUGUCUGCUAUGAAAGACAGCUGAUCAGCGACUGGCACAGAAUAGCGCGUUGCAUUCGAGAGCUUGGAAACAGGCUACAAGGUGGACUUGCACUUUGGAGUUUCUUGGACUUCGUUGUCACGCAUCGGACCCCACUGUUUGUGCUACUGUUUCCUCUUAUCAAGUACAAGAUCUUGCAGACCAUUUGCGACAACGAGCAAGAAUACUAUUAUCAGCAGCUGAUUCGUGACAAGCUGAAAGGGGUGAACCUGCCUAUCCCCAAGAGCUUUGGCUGCGUGUUUGUCGACUUGGUCAAUGAACUCAAGACCCUAAAGGAAGACCUUGUAGCUUGGAAGCUGGGUGGUGAACUGGAUCGAUGCAAGUCAUCCACAACUGAAGGGCACAGCAGUGAAGUCUCACAGUCUGUGAGCUUCACCCGCACCCUACCUCCAGGAAGUGCACACCGUCCAAGUUUCACAGAACUCACUCCGGAUCAUCAGAGCAUCACACGUCUUGGAAGUCCACCAGGCAUGGGAUCGAACGAUGGCGGAGAUAAAGGCAUUGCAUCACCUGGUGUAUCAUUGGCAACGAAGCAGGCACCUCCACCAGCACGGGCCCUGAGUCGUUCUGAAUCCCAGCGGGAUCCUCCGAGAGAACCAAUGCACGAACCCCCGCGCGGGCUCAGCAUACGACUGCAUCCCAGAGAAAGUGGUGCACGGCGCACCAUGGAACGUUUCUUGCGGAGAACCAGCUAUCCCGAGGAAGAUGCACCCCCAUCUCGAGUAUAUCGCCCCAUGGAAGCCAUGGAUGUUGAGCACUCUGCAGCAUCCGAGCCUCGUCUGUUUCGGAAGUCGACACUGCUCAUCAAAAAGCGAGGCAGCAAGAAGAGCACUGGCAGCAGUAGCCUUACAUUGGUGGGCGUGCCCGAUAGUGGGGCUGCCACGGAUGAGGAAGUGCUUCAGGAUAGUCUACCUGAAGGUGUCGACUCCACUGGAGAGCCCCUGACACCGCCAGCAUCACGGCCGCAGUCACCCGAGAGCAGCGGAGAACCUCAGCGUCCACGCCACCGCCUCCAGCGGCAAAAGGCGCAGAGUCGCAAGACCUUUCGGUUUGGGAAGUCACGCAGAGGGGCCGGCUGGGCGGCGGCUGGAGACGGCGGGCAUGCAGACGACACCCCUCCGACUGUGGCCGAGGAAGAGCCCGAGGGUCGUCCCAGAAUCCUCAUGCGAGCAACAUCUCUCAGGGGCGUGCCCUCCACAACGGCUGAGGCACAGCGACCUCCAGAGCCAACCCUGCCAAACGGUAAAGGGGAGGGGGAGGCAUCCGCUUAAAAACAACUGUAAGUCACGAGCGAGGUUUGAACUACCUCGGGAGACCCUCCUACAAGUAAGAGCAGCGCUACAAUUAAGAUAAGUGCGGUGAAAAAAUAUCUUUCCACUAAUCAUUUAUCACCUCGUACUAUUAAACCUGCAUUCUUGUUUCAAAAGUUUGUCACGCAAAUGGUGCAUAUUAAUACCUCUGUCAGAAGAGCACAUCUAUGGCGUUAAUUUAAGGUUAUGGCAUUAAGAAAUGGCCAUAAUUUUGAUAGGGCCUUAGGCUCUGGGAAGCUGCCAGGCAGUAUCCGUGAAGGCAUUUUACCGAUGAUGUCCACAUCGUUGAACACAUCUGCGAACGUUGAAUGUAAUGUAGUGAAGUCACGUUUUUUUCUCACUGUGAGUACAUGAAAACAACGUUUGGUUGGUAUUUUGAAAAUACGACAGCAAACUUCAUUUGCUUUGAAGUGCUUUCGAUAUUUUUUUUUGGUGCAGACGACACAGUGCAAUGCCACGUGCGCUGGUUCGAGGGUGUCACUACAGACUGAACACCUGAACAGACGGGAUAAAAAGCGAAGCAAAGUGCAAAAAUGCAUCAGAAAAACGCGAAAAAAAAAGAUGACAGAGCAUUACAUCGCGUAAAAACAUUUUAUUUUGAAUUGAAUUAAGUGUCCAGUUUACGGUGGGCUUGGUGACGAGGUUUGCGCGGUUUCGAUGGAAUGCCGCAAAAUUGUCUUGCGGGAAUGCCAUUGCCCUCUGUCUCGCUUUUGUCGCAAAUGCUGUAUUGCUGACCAUCUGCCAAGAAGUUAAUGACAGUAUACACUUACGGCCAUAACCGUUAAGGCCGUAAGUGUGCCGGUCUGACAGGGGUAUAAAAGGUUAUAUUGCUGCAUUUAUUUCAUCAUGAAUCGAAACAUUUUUGGCACCUUCAUGAAACACUAUGAUGCGAUGGCUGCCAUCCAGAAGAAGGAAGACAGAAUUAUGCAUUUACAUAAAAAAUAAUGAGAAGUCAUACUUUUUAAUAUUAUUUGGGCGUUUCGUCCGAGAAGUAUUAGCGAGGAAGUCUGAAAGCUGUAAGUGUGCGAAGGUACCUUAGCAGAAACAUUGUAGGGAUCUCUGGUCUUGCGACGCAUGUCGCACUGGGAAUGGUGUCGUACCUUAAGUUAUCACGCAUGAUAAGAUUUGUUUUUGUCAUGCCAAUUAUUCAGAGAGGUCUGACAGAGUCACCUUUGGUAAAAAAAAUGUAAAAAUGUUAAAAAUGCCUUCCUCUUCAAAAGAUAAUUGUGGUGCAGCUUGAGAAGGGUUACCUUAUGUGAUGUUUGUGUUGUUUGUACUGCCUUUAUUUAUUAUUUAUUAUUUAUUUAUUAUUUAUUUAUUUAUGUGGGUACCUCAUGGGUCCCAUAGGGCAUUACAUGAGGGGGAACAAAAAUAAUUUAAUAACAACAAACGAAAAAUAUGCAGCUCUAGAACAGUACUGCACUUUACAAUAUUGAUUAUUAUUUUAGAUGUGGACAUCCUAAUUUAAUUUUUGUGUUGUGCUAAUUUGUUUGCCUGCUAGCUAAUUAGGACAUGACAUCCAUGCGCCUCCAUCUGCUUCAAUACUUUCUUUUGCAUAAGAAAGGAAGCUACAUUGAGUACACGUUUACACCAGUUUGAAGGAAAAUUUGGGUUGAGUUCCUGUACUUGGGUUAUCCUUACUUUUAUUACUUUGUUGUGGGUAGAACCCUGUGUUUCGAGUUUUAUACUUUGUGCUACCUUAUCACGGGUAAGAUUUGGUUUUCAUACCAAUUUGAGAUAAAAACAGGUAAUAUCUAGUGUAUUGUUGAAGAUUUUGAAUUCCCUCAGCGUAGAUUAGGAACUCGAAAUGUGUUUCACUUGAAAGACAGAAAUGUACUGGAAUGAAAUACAAUAGCAGUGUAAUAGAUGGUGGUAGGUAUAGGUAGGUUACAGGACACAAUCAGCAAGCACAACUAUGUGGAUUCCAACUAACAGAGCGAGUCAUUAAUUUCCCCUUAUGUACUUGCAUUAACAAACAAUAUUUAGUUGACCUACAGGGUGGCCUGCUUUUAAUCAAGCUGACUGGCUAUCUACCAGAACAAAAUUAAUAACAUAAUAACCUCCUCUUACACUAAUUGGAUGAAUAUUACACCGUAGAAACGGGUUUCAUUCCUUGCAAACAUUUUUGCUUGCACAUGCUAGCCGUUCCACACCUACAAGACCACUGUCGCCGUGUAGCAGUUAAUUUCGUGUUGCAGAUUUUGCACCUUUUUCCGGAGUAACAGCAGGGGUAAAAGAAAAUUGCUCAAUUUCAAAUUGCUAACAAGGUAAACUUUUGAGCACACAGCCUUGCUGAGCAGUGACAUAAGUGCAGUGCAAGCCUCAAUGCUCAGAAGCAUGUAACCUGUCACAGUGCUGCUGCCCGUGGGAAACAGCAAAGUUGACCAUCAGGGUUGCAGCUGUACUAUAGUAAUAAAGGCUAUCCCAGUUAAAAAUUCCAGUUGUGUCCAAUUCGAUUCUCAGUUGGAUUCAAUGUGUCCAAUUGGAUCCAAUGUGUCCAAUUGGAUCCAAUUCAACUAGCUAGUCUUAGUGUUUGCGGGUUUGAUUUUGUGUUGCGACUACUGUUACACCAUUUAGUCGUAAUGCUUGGGUAACAUUUUCACGUGUAUGCAAAGAACUAACUGUAACUUUAUGGCUAUGUAACUGGAAUGUAACUUCAGGGCUAGUGGUCACAUCACCUUUAAUAUGAUUUGCUGCAUUCCAAAGAGCACAGAUGUCACAUGCGGAUCUUGGUUCCCACCUGGCCCCUAUCGCACAAACACUCUGUCUGCGUCCAAAUUGAAAAUGGCGGAGCCUUUAUUCAUGUCUUAUCCGUUACUGCAAAUCACUAUGUGCCAAUCACAAAACUACUACGAGUUCAACUCAGGUACGAAAAUUAACCUAGUUGACCAUGAUCGCCACAUAAAUAGUGUGCGAGAGGAUCAGCCCCUCUUGGCACAAAAAAAUUUUUUAGAGUGACUGCAAAGUUGCAAUAUUAUUGGCCCGUCCACUCUGCUUUGAGUUUAGUACCAUCCAUGGCCACACAGUGCCCCUGAAUUUAAAUGAUCACUCGUACAGGUAAUGCUUCAGACUACAGGUUUUCCCGGCGAUUUUAAUCCAAGUGCCAGCUAAAUUAAUCCAUGCCCCAUAAAGUUUGCAUGGCACAUAGAUUAAUUUAGCUGGCACUUGGAUUAAAAUCGCCAGGAAAACCUGUAGUUUUGGAGGAAGAUUCUACAUAUUUCAAGGCAGGUCACCCAGUAUCCACAAGUUCGUGAUCUUGAAUACUAGGUGUUACGUUUCUAUUCUUGCUGUGCAUUCCGUUCAUGUCUUUGACUUAAGAGCUCUGGGCCAUGUUCUACAGUACCAAAAUCAGUGGGGAGACUUGUAGCCCACAUUUCAGGCAGUAAUGUCUGAAGUCCAGCUGUUGAUAUGCAUUUCAAGAGACAUGCAUCCAUGUAUCGUCGGUGUGUGGUCGCUACAGUAGAUUUACGUUUUUGCAGAAUCAGCUCUUAGACUGUCAACUGUAGGCAUGGUGAUCUUGAUGUUGUGUGCCUCUACAUUGUCUUCCUGUGCUACGGUGUUAGAACUUUGAAGUGCUAGUCAUGUUCCACUGCAGAUAGGCAUAGUUAAUGGCCGCGUUAGCGUGGCCGGCUCUUCUAUGUUGAAUUGCAACGAGUACCUGUUCGUUACCGCUACCGUGCCAAUCCUGGUCCAGUGAGACGGGGCCACAUCACUUGUUAAUCGAUGUGCAGCCACCUUUAUUGUUGUACAUGGAUAUUUUAGCUAGGCCAUAUUAGGAGCGGGACAUUUUGGGAGUAGCAUCUGAUUAUUUACCUGCUGCUGUGCUGUUACCCAGAUGGAUCUUUUUGCUGUUUGUAGAGGACUUGUUUGGAUGUUGCUGUGUGCUUUGGUGAUAUCCCUUUGUGAAAGAAGUUGUGAGGGUAUGUAUUUUUAAGGCGUGAGGAGAAGAAACGUUGGAAGAUGAGUGUGCAGGCAACGUGCUCACACAGUGUGUGGAUUGGUGUUAUCCUCUGUGUGCUUUGUUUUCCUUUACACAUUUGAUGUUUGCAAUUCUGCAGUGUUCUUGUUGUGUUUGUUAAUAAAAAGAGUUACACUUGCUUCAAGUGUAACUGGCUACAAGUAA